CGACACGUAUGGAUAGAGCACAACGAUGCAAUAGAUGAAGGUGCAUGGAUUCAUCCGCGCGCAGCAGCCAGGGCACAGUCCAGCCGUUCUCGCACACGAACCUUCCUGUCGUCAGGGAGGAACGAGCCACGUAACGCGUCUAUGCUCGUUAACAGAAAAUCAGCCUCAGAGAUCCCCAGCCGGGCGUUGAGCAUCGCGUACUCCUCUGCUAUGCCGCUGCCCGUAACGCCAGGAUCAUCUGCAGAUGGACAAAAUGGGUGACAGCGUACAGCUGGUAGCUUCUAAGGGGCCGAUUGUGUAUGUGUGUGUGUGUGCGGAAGCACUUGCCUGUAUUGACGCACACACGUAGCCCCUUGGAGAGGAAAAAGGGCAGCGGGUGCGCCUCGACGGACUUUACUGCCCCCGUGAAGACAUUGCUGGUGACGGACAGCUCAAGCAGCACGUCCCUCUCAUUCAGCCACUCCACCAUGGCCUCGUCCCGACCCACCAACACCUACACAGGACACGACACACGAGGAAAGGCACAUACAUGUGACGGUGGGCUCGGGUGCGGUGUCUGAGGCGGCCUCUCUGCACUUCCCUCCUCCCCAGAACGCACCCCAUGGCCGAUUCGCGUGGCACCCAUCUGCUCCACGGCAAAGCGCACGUUGUCCUUGGCCCGCCCCUCCAUUGCGGCCCUCGAGCAGAUGUCCUGACCGCAGUGGACAGUGAGGGGCAGCCCCACGCCCUUGACAAGGGGCCAGCACCACUCGAGGUCAUCCUCACUGCCGGCAACGUCCAAUCCUGCACACAGACAGACAGACAGACAGACAGACAGACAGACAGAAAAUCAUGUGCCUGCCUGUGGUGUGUCUGUGCAGGUCCGUCGAUGCAUGUGUUACCCACCGCAGAACAUGUCACGAUGGAUGGCGGCGAACUCAGCGGUCUUCUUGACUGAAUCCGCGCCCAGCGUGCUGACCGCCAGGCAGAUCAGUCCGACCUCUAUAUCAAACUUUUUCUCCGCCUCACGUAUCCCCUCAGCAACCGCACCCAGCACUUCGUCAUAGGACAGGGGGUGUGGUAAGCUGGCGGGCGGGGGGUCAGGCGAGCAAUGGGCAGGGGCGUAGCGGAGCUCCAGCAGCUGCACGCCAUCACGGGCCUUGUCCUCGCAGACCUCAUAAGCGAUGCGGCGGAAGAACUCUGCCUCGCGAUAGAGCACCUGGGAGCGGCCGAACACCGACAGAAAGGCUGAUAGAUUCGGCAGUGGGCGGGAGGGCUGGAAAUAAUCCUUGAGAUCAGCUUCAUGGUCCUCUGUCUGGAGGCCGUAUUUGUGCCAGUAGUGGAGGAUGGUCGACAGCCGAACAGCACCCUCCAGAUGGCAAUGCAGCUCCACCUGCACACACACACAGACACACACACACAGAGGACCAGUUUUUGGCAGAUCAACGUAUCUCAGCCACAGACCUUCGGCAACGCCUUCCAUUGGUCCAUCUGAGCCCUUGCCGAUG